AUGUCGGAGGAAAACAGAACAAAAGAUGACGAAGCUUCAUCAUCAGCACCACCUCCAUUUAAGAAGCUGAAGGCAGCCGAGAAUGGGUCUUCAAUGUACGCACCAGAACCCGUCAAACCAGAGUGGUUGGAGCUUCCUCCUGAACUCCACCAUUAUGCCAAGUCGUCGUCAUCAUCAUCAUCAUCAUCAUCACCGUCGUCUCCAGAUUCAGUGCCACCAUCGGCAGCUUGGAACAAGUACUAUCCCUACGACAAGAGUCGGCAUCUGCCACUGACUCCACUGAAUCAGCCACCAACUUUUACAUCCGAAUCCCCAGCACUCUGCUUUCAAGUUCACGGGAUCUGUGGAAGGGCACGGGCCUGCACUUUGCAUUUUCCCAAUGGAGGACCACCAGUUCCAACACCACGUUUCAUGCCUGUGGGGACCAAAGGAACGCUCAAGGCAGUCUUGCCAAGCGAAAUUAGUGACAUGAAUUGUCCCAUCAUUCUCGCCAAUACCUAUCACUUGGCCAUUCAACCAGGAACGGAGCUGAUUGAUGAAAUCUUCGGUGGAUUGCCCAAGUUUAUGGGAAGCGUCAUGCCAGAAGACAAUAGUGACAAAGCAGCCAAUAAAUCAUCGGUGCCGCCAAAACGACGCUUCAAUCUCUUGACUGACUCGGGAGGCUUUCAAAUGGUUAGUCUGGCAGCACUUUCCCAGGUCACGGAAAAGGGCGUCCUAUUCGAAAGUCCUUAUACUGGAAAGCCGAUGCUACUCAAACCAGAAGAUUCAAUUCGCUGUCAAAAUGAAAUCGGGGCCGACAUUAUCAUGCAGUUGGACGAUGUGGUGAGCUCGGUAGCAACGGACGACAAUCGAUUCAAAAUUGCCACCUUUCGGACACUUCGGUGGUACGAUCGGUGCGUCAACGCACAUCAAUGUUCCCAUCAACAAAACUUGUUUCCAAUUAUGCAAGGUGCUUUAGACGUCUCGCAAGGGGGACUACGAGAAUUGUGUUUGGCAGGUUUCAAGCAUCGAGACGAGCAAGCGCAGAAACACGUCAACACAGGAGGAGAAGGGUCAGUACCCAGCAAACUACAACAGCGGAUCCCGGGAUUUGCCAUUGGUGGAUUAGCUGGUGGGGAAUCCAAGGAAGAAUUUUGGAUGGUAGUUGACCAUGCCUGUAGGCACUUACCUGAUGAUAGGCCACGGUAUUUGAUGGGUGUCGGAUAUCCUUUGGAUUUGGUGGUGUGUACUGCCUUGGGAGUAGAUCAGUACGAUUGUGUCUAUCCAACUCGAACUGCUCGCUUUGGAGUCGCCCUAACUGAUGCAGGUCUAUCGAAGCUCAAACAACACGAGUUUAUCUUUGACGAUCAUGUUAUUGAAGAAGGAUGUCCAUGUCAGGCGUGCAGUCGAGGUGUCUCAAGGAAACGACUCCACAUGUUGCUCAAGUCAGGCAACACAUCAGUAGCAAUUCAAUUAUUGACCCAACACAAUGUGUGCUACAUGAUGGGAUUGGUCAAUCGAAUGCGAGAGGCAAUCUUGGAGCAACGAUAUCCAGCAUUUUGCAGACAGUUCUUGGCGGCACAAUUUCUCAAUCCGGCGGACAUUCCAUCUUGGGUAGUCGAUGCAUUGGGAGCAGCUGGGAUUACAAUCGAUAAUGGGACAGAAGCAACAAGUAACUUGGACUUUAUUAUGAACGUGGACCAACUGCGAAAGAACACCAGCUUUGAUCCUACCCAGAAAAACGGCUUGUGGGAUGAACUCAAGCGGGAGUGGGACACAUCGUUUCAGGAGUUGGAUGAAAUCCAAGCCAAUGCCAACAAAGAGAAACUGGACAAGUGGUUCGACAGGUUGUAUCAGCAGCACAACGAAUCGGGACGGUACUAUCACACAACAGUGCACUUAAUGGAAAUGAUGCGGUACUGGAACAUAGUUGUGGCGGAAGAUCUUUCCCUGUCGAAGCAUUCACCUGCCAUUUGUUGGGCCACCUUUUUCCAUGAUGCGGUUUAUGAUCCCAAAUCGUCUACCAACGAAGAAGACAGCGCCAAGCUGUUUGAAGAAUUCUGUUCGGAUGCACUGGGAAUCCAGCGAAUAGCGAGUGGCGAUAACGACAGUCGUGUUGCCAAGGUUGCCAGCUUAGCUUCCACACUAAUUCUUGCGACAAAGAAGCACGAAGUCAUUCCCAACGAAAUGAUGUCAGAUUCUGAAAAUGACUUGCAAAAGAUAUUUUUGGAUAUUGACAUGUCCGUGCUUGGUAAGCACGAGAACGCAUACCUAGCGUAUGCUGGCUGCAUUCGCAAGGAGUAUUCUUUUGUAGAAAAGUCAGUAUACUGUGGAAAGAGAGCAGAGAUUCUGACUGGAUUCUUGGAAAAUAAGAAGCAGAUUUUCCUUUCUGAUUUGUUCCACAAGACGUCAGAAACGCAAGCCAGAAGCAAUCUGAAGCGAGAAAUCGAACUUCUGAAACAAGGGUCCAUUCCGGGUGCGCCCAUAUAG